AUGCAAUCAAGGGUAUCUUUGUAUUCUCUUGGAAGCACGGAUGAUUACUUAGGUCGAUGUGCAUCUUCUUGGAUUACACAAACACGGUUGAAUCCCAAGGCUCAUGUAGGCGGAAAUUUACAUGCUAGUACCCGUUUUCUUAUUUUUGAGCCUGAUGAUAACUUAGUUCCAGUAUAUUAUUUAACCAUAAGGGAUAUCACUUCAUAUUCAUAUGAAAAAAAUCAUGUGCAUCAUCUUUGGUCACUCUGUAUAGACUGUUCCACGGUACAGGAAGGGAACCUUUGUGUACGGUUCCGGUGUACUCCGGCUAUGACUCCGUUGAAACGUUCAGUAUGCCAGGGAAAAUGGUUGUUUCGCUUUACAGCGGAUUACAUAAAUACCGAUUUUGGAGAUUCUCUCAGGGCAGCAAUAACUCGAAAUGCACAAGGAAUUGCAUUGAGGAUUCGUCGAAGAGAGGCAGUUCUUCAAAAGCAAUACAGUACAAUUACGUUUUUAACAAAGCGAGUCUUACCGCUCCGUGAACAAAGAGGCGUUUUUGUUGUUACUGCGGAGGAGCUUCUUUUCAAGCCUCUGUUUCCGCUCACUGGGGCUACUGAGGUACGAUUACCAUCACAAUAUAUUUCCCACAUGUUUCCCCGCCUAAUCAUUUUUCGUAAUCUAGGCCUUGAUUUUUAUGGGGAUGAAGUUUCAUCUCCCCUUUUAUCGCUUCAGUUUCACUCUGAAACUGAAAGAGAUCAGAGCAUUAAAAUUAUCUUGCAGUUUACACGUAUACCGCUUUUUACAGUUUCCUUCUCUAACGUUUUUAAUCAAUGGCAGAAGGGUCAAAUGAGCAACUAUGAAUAUUUAUGUCUGUUAAACAAAUUGGCGUGCCGAAGCUUGGAUGAUAUUUCCCAAUAUCCAGUCUUCCCAUGGGUCAUUUCCGACUACACUUCCGUGUACAUAGACCUUAAGAAUUCUCAAACUUUCCGGGACCUUUCGAAGCCCAUCGGUGCAUUAAAUGAGACACGUCUGCAGACUCUGGAGAGGCGGAUGAAGGAACUUAAUGAACAGGAGGAGCCGAGCUAUUUGUAUGCCACCCAUUACUCAUCAGCGGGCGCAGUUGCCUAUUUUUUGUUGCGAUCCCAUCCCGAAUACCAGUUAAGCCUGACACACGGUAAGCUGGAUUGUACCAACCGCAUGUUUGAGUCUAUCAAAGCAGCCUGGAAUGGCGUCAACUACAACUGCAGCGACUUUAAAGAGCUUGUGAUGGAGUUUUUUAAUCAAAACGGAGUCAAUAUGUGUGCCAAAGCCCCGUUUGAUCUUGGCAUGAAGGAUGACAAGCAUGCUGUGGCGCCCACUAUUAUCUUGCCUCCGUGGGCGACUUCUGCGGAGGACUUCAUAGCUAAGAAUAUUGCGGCACUGGAGAGCGACUACGUAUCCUCACAUCUUCACUUAUGGAUCGACCUUAUUUUUGGUGUCAAUCAGGAUGGGGAGGGUGCUUUACAGUCUAAAAACGUUUUUCACCCAUUUUCUUACCCACAGCGCGAUAACUCACCAGGCGUAGGCGGUUGCCGCGGCGAUACUAUACCGUAUGAGUAUGCGAAAGAGUUUGGGUGUUCUCCUGUUAAAUUGUUUUGCUCAAAACACCCAUGCAAGCAGAGCGCACAAGAUUUUUCUUCCGUAUUUUUUACACCAUGGGCCCAAAAGCUCUGCCGAUCGGAUGAAUCGACCGAGCACGAUACUAUUUCGAUGCUAUUAUUGGCUUACCAGGCUGAGGACGCAGAGAACCACCCAAUGGAUGGCAAUAGCUCACGUUCACUGGCUUCCUGCCUCGAUGAUUUCCCUCCUAUCCUCUUGUGUGACUCAGCACUUAUCCAGUUAUCUACGCAAGAGAUGUUUCGCACAGCGUAUCACCAUAUCACCGCAAUCGCACUCAGUGCCCCAAACAGGUCUAUCGACAACCGAAGUGUGGGCGCUCACGGCGUCCUUACGUUGAUUUGUGAUGACGGUUGCACGGCAGUUCUGCUUGAUUACGUGUCAAGAAAGUGUUUACGAUCUUUUUCAGACUUUUGCGAUAUCGUCGAACACGUUGCUUCUUCGGAUUACAACAUUUUCAUAUUUUGUGCGAAUUCAUCGUUGUAUAUAAUUAGCCUUGAAACUUAUUCCCUUGUUGAUCGAAUAGACAAUUUUUCGAUAAGUCCGAUUUGCCUGAGCUCCUUUAGUGGUGCUUUUGGUGCACUUGCGGAUAGCCAAGCGCGUGUCUAUGAAUGGACACUGACGUGGCAAUUUAAUGGGCAGAUAUCAAGCGCUCAGCAGGUUCGUCUGUUGUCUGAAGCACCUUCUUCCGUAUGUGUCUUGAGGGUUAAUGACAGUGGAACAAUCCUGUGUGCUUCAACAGAUGGCGAGGUUCUUGUGAUGCGCCCGGGAGAUAAAGUGACGGUUACAUUUCAGUCCAAUAUCUCAUCCGAGCAACAUAUUCUUCAUCUUCUGAUGCUAUCCGACUCGACGAGUUCUUUGAUUGUUGUAGUCUUGAAUGAUGAAGUGCAUUUGUACAACUUUAGUGGGGCUAUGAUAAAAAGGUUGGGGCUAGGAAGCCUUGAGACAUUUAGCAAGGCGUAUCCGAUCAGCACUCCAGAGCCACUUCAGUCAUCCCUCAUGCUGAUGAGUACCCAGAGGAUGUUGUUUUUAUGGAUUGAGUCGAAUCAGGUACAAAUUUCUCAGGUGAAAAAUGAUCUAACUUACCUUUUCAACAACUUAUGCUCAGUAAACCAUUUGACAAUUGCGUUUUGUACAAGAGGAGGAGAGGUAACCCUUUCUAACAUCGAAAUGACUUAA